AUUAUUAAAUAUUUUUUCAGAACAUUUUCAUGUCAAAGUUCAUCUACAUGUUGUAAUAUGUGUUACAGUGAAUAUAUAGCUAUUGAGCAGUCAGAUAAGCAGUAUCUACAUAAGUUUGAUCGCUUUUGUGCUUACACUUUUGACUGUGUGAAACGUAAUUUGCAUAAUCGUUGCUUAUCAAUAGAUCAACUGAGUGCACGAGUCUUGACAACACUUGUCAUCAAAAUAUGCUGUUACCUAGCUAAUCACUGUACCUUAUCAUUAAUGGUAAUUUUUGUUUUCUACGAAUAA